GCCUGCGUAGUCCACGGUGGAGACCUGAAAGAUCUGACUGCGGAGCAGCUUGACGACAUCCUGAAGUACCACACUGAGAUUGUUUUCGCCAGAACCUCCCCGCAGCAGAAACUGAUCAUUGUGGAGGGCUGCCAGAGACAGGGAGCCAUUGUGGCUGUGACAGGUGACGGUGUGAACGACUCUCCCGCUCUGAAGAAGGCUGACAUCGGUGUCGCCAUGGGUAUCGCUGGAUCUGACGUCUCAAAGCAGGCCGCCGACAUGAUCCUGCUGGACGACAACUUUGCCUCCAUCGUUACUGGAGUAGAAGAAGGCCGUCUGAUCUUUGACAACUUGAAGAAGUCCAUCGCCUACACGCUGACUAGCAACAUCCCUGAGAUCACCCCCUUCCUCCUCUUCAUCAUCGCCAACAUCCCUCUGCCCCUGGGAACCGUCACCAUCCUCUGUAUUGAUCUGGGAACUGACAUGGUAAAGAUGCACAAAU